CCCAGCCCAGGCUCCUCCCCUCCCGGCGCUCCCGAGCCCGCGAGUGGCCGGCUUCUUCUCCGCCCUCCGAGAUGGCGCUGGACCCCGCAGAGCAGCAUCUCAGACAUGUGGAGAAAGAUGUUCUGAUCCCCAAAAUAAUGAGAGAAAAGGCCAGAGAGAGGUGUGCUGAACAAGUUGAAGAUUUUACCAGAUGUUGCAAGGACUCUGGAAUCCUUAUGGUGGUAAAAUGCCGGAAAGAAAAUUCUGCACUGAAAGACUGUCUAACUGCUUACUAUAAUGAUCCAGCCUUCUAUGAAGAAUGCAAACUGGAAUACCUCAAGGAAAGGGAAGAAUUCAGAAAAACCGGAGUUCCUACCAAGAAGAGGCUACAGAAGCUUCCCACAAACAUGUAGGCAAAUAGUGAGUCAGGAAGCCACUUGCAAUAUAACCUAAAAAUAGUGGACUGAAAAAAAUGUUUGCUCACCUAAUCAUGAACUACCGAUUCUUUUGUAUGAAAUAAAAUUAUUUCAGAGUUCUAGUUUAUUAAAUAUGGGAUAGGAGGAAAA